UCCUCAUCCUCACAGCCGGCGCCGGCCCUGCUCCAGGAGCUCCAUGUCUCCCUUUUCCUGAGGAGCCCAGGACUGCACACAACACUCCAAAUGUGCCUCACCAGGGCUGGGCAGAGGGGCAGGGCUCACUUCCCCCACUCCUCUGGCCAUACCCCGUGCCCCUCUCCCUGCAGUGCAGUGCCCCUGGCCCAUGUGGAGGUGGAGGGUCGCAGGGACCGGCCACCCCUUGUCCUGCUCCACGGGCUCUUUGGCAGCCAUGGCAACUUCCAGACGGUGGCCAAGACCCUGGUACGCCGUGGUAGCGGCAAGGUGCUGACAGUGGAUGCCCGGAACCAUGGCAGCAGCCCCCACAGCCCUGUGAUGACAUAUGAAGCAAUGAGCCUGGACGUGCAGCACCUCCUGAGCCGCCUGGGAAUCAACAAGUGCAUCCUCGUGGGACACAGCAUGGGGGGCAAGACGGCCAUGACGCUGGCCUUGCAGCGGCCAGACCUGGUGGAGCGCCUCAUCUCCGUAGACAUCAGUCCUGGCUCAACCGCCCCCGUGUCUGAAUUCUCCGCCUACAUCUCGGCCAUGAAGGAAGUGAAGGUCCCGGUGGGGCUGUCCCGCUCGGCAGCACGCCAGCUGGCUGACGACCAGCUGCAGCCCGUGGUCAAGCUCCCACAGCUGAGACAGUUCCUCCUCACCAACCUGGUGGAGGUGGAGGGCCGCUACGUGUGGCGGGUGAACCUGGAGGCUAUUUCCCGGCACCUGGCAGACAUCAUGAACUUCCCUGUUUUCCACAAGCCAUAUCCUGGUCCUGCACUCUUCUUGGGAGGGUCCGACUCACCCUAUAUCAGCUCCAGAGACUACCCAGAGAUCCAACGCCUCUUCCCCAAGGCAGAGAUCCAGUACAUUAAAGGUGCAGGCCACAUAGUCCAUCAGGAUAAAUUUGAAGAAUUCAUCACUGCUGUCCUCAAUUUCCUGCCACAGCUGUAGCACUGAGGACCAGGGUUUCUGCAAGGACCGUGUGGGUCCUGAGGAGCUCUGGGCAGUGACGCAGGGCUGAGGUUCUGAGGAUGGGCUCAGCUGGGCCUGGUUGCCCUCACUGCAGUCUGAUUCUGCCUGCAAGACCUUCUCCCAUCCUGGUUCUCCUGCAGCCAGAGCAGAGACGCACCUGCAUCCUGCUGGGACCUGCCACCUCGCAGGGACACGGGGUGGCACUGGCUCAGGACACUGUCCUACCUGCACAGGAGAGUCAGGCACAUGGAGGGGGCAGGAGAGCCCUCUCGUUUUCCUGCUGCCAGAGCCUUCCAUGGAUCUGCAGAAUGUGCAAUAAAGCUGAAUCCAUGCAAAGGCA